AUGACAAUAGAUCGUAGGCGUAUUCAAGGACCAGAAUUAAGCGUUGCUCCAGUGAUAAUAAAAUCUUCAAGCGAUAAAAAAUCAAACGCUUUAGUAGAUGAGAAUGGUAAUAGGCUUGAUGGAAGAGAUUUAGAAGAUAUUCGAAAAAUUUAUUUAAAAACCAUACAAGGAUUUGUGAUAUUAGCUGGUGCCUAA